CAUCUUCACCGUCAAGCCAAGGCCCUUUUUGUGUUCUUUUUAUUUUUACACCAAACCCACCUUCUUCAUUUUCUCUCUAAAAGUUUGCACUCUUUCUACGCUAAACCCUCUCUCUCAUCUUGUUUAUUUCUUCGUAUCCGAGAAAAUAAACCGCAGAGAGGAGGGAAAAGAAUGGCGACGGAUCAAGAUGGGUUGAAGACGUGUGUUGUUUUGGGAGGACGAAGCUUCGUUGGCCGAUCGCUGGUCGGAAGGCUGUUGAGACUCGGUAACUGGAUCGUCCGAGUUGCCGAUUCCGCUAUAUCCCCCGAACUCGACGCCUCCGACUAUGAAUCCGACUCGCUACUGUCCCAAGCCCUAUCCUCCGGCCUUGCCUCCUAUUACCGCGUCGAUGUUCGCGAUAAGUUUCAGAUCACCAAAGCUAUUGAAGGUGUGUCAGUUGUAUUCUAUACGGAUACUAUGGAUUCACACCCUCCCGAUUUGUUGUUUUGCUAUGCAAUCAUUGUUCAAGGUGCAAAAAAUGUCAUUAGUGUCUGUCAGGAGUGUAAAGUCAAGCGACUAAUAUACAACAGCCGUGCUGAUGUUGUUUUUGAAAAGGGGCUUGAUAUUGAAAAUGGAGAAGAGUCCUUGCCUUAUGCUGGUAAAUUUGAGAACAUGUUCAUUGAUCUUAAGGCUCAAGCUGAAGCUCUUAUCUUAGCUGCUAACAAUAUUGAUGGCCUUCUUACAUGUGCACUUCGUCCUAGCUAUGUUUUUGGACCAGGGGAUAAACAGCUUCUGCCAAUGGUUGUGAAGAUGGCAAAGUCUUGGUGGGCUAAGUUUAUUAUAGGGAGUGGUGAUAAUAGAUUAGACUUCACCUAUGUGGAGAAUCUUGCCCAUGCCCAUAUCUGUGCUGAAGAAGCUCUAACUUCCAAGACGACUCUUGUGUCUGGCAAGGCCUUCUUCAUCAAUAAUCUUGAGCCUAUGACGUUCUCAUUUUUCACAUCUAUGGUCUUGGAGGGAUUGGGGUAUAAAAGGCCAAUGUUAAGGCUUCCUUCUAUUAUGAUGAAAUGCAUUCUUUCUCAUGUGAAGAGCAUCCAUUUAAAGAUAAACAGUGGGAAGCUUGAUGACUAUGCGACAGUUUAUAAUUUUUUUGACUUGGCAUUGUGCAGUAGGACAUUUAACUGCUCUGCGUCACAGAAGUAUUUAAGAUAUUCUCGAAUUGUUCCAAUGGAAGAAGCAAUUACAACAACUGUGAGGUCAUCCCCUCAUUUAGUGAAGGACUCGUUUUAUUCAAGGUAUUCUGAUUAUGAUGAAGAAUCAAAAGUGCAUAAGCGGUUAGGCGGUGGAAAAGUUGCAGACGUUUUGCUUUGGAGAGAUGAGAAGAUAACAUUCACUCAUUUUCUGCUAUGGUUUUUGAUAUAUUACUGGUUUUUCCUGUCUGGAAGAACUUUUGUUUCAUCUCUUGCCAUUCUUUUGCUGCUAAUUGCUACGAUGCUUUGUGCAUACAGCGUUCUGCCACCAGUCGUAUAUGGGAUCACUGUUCCAAGAAUAUCGUGGUCUUGUUUUGAGAUUUCGGAAGUGGAUAUGAGAAUCUGUGUCUCAACAAUAGGCAAUAUGUGGAAUAGAAUGAAUCACGGAACAAGGUUGCUGGCCCAAGGAGAAGACUGGUGUAUGUUUCUGAAGGUGUCCGGGCUUCUGUACUGUUUGAAGCUGAUUGUUUCAGUUUCAUUGACUGCUAUCCUUGGCGUAGCCAUAGUCCUGGUGUUCUCAAUUUUAUUCAUUUAUGAGCAAUACGAGGAGGAAGUUGAUGGGGUGGGCAAGGUUUUAUUCAGCUGUGGAAUGAGUGGCCUUUCAUUUUUGUCAAGGAACUCGCCCAUGCCCUUGGCCUCGAUCCUCUCCAACUUUGAAAUGUCUCUGAAGAGAAAGGAUUUAGACUAAAUAAUCAGCAAGAGAAGUAGCAUUAGUCCUCCCUCUCAAACUGUUCUACUGCCAGCCACAAGUUAAAGUGGGUCUGUUUCCUGACUGUAUAUAACUGAUAUUCUAGAUUUGGUUAGUACUUGUACAAGGCAAGAAAUUGGAGAGAAAGAGAGGGAGUGGUUACUUGUCCCUUUCCUACUAGUGUACUGUAUUUGCGUAGCAGAUAUAUUUUGGUUUUUUCGAUUCGUAAUACAAAAUUACAAUUCAUCAUUCCAUAA